AUUAAAAAGACAUACCUUCAAUCCAAACCAAUAUAAUAAACCAUUUUCUUUAUCAAAAUGGCAUCCAAAAGAUUCAAUUGCAUAGCCAAUUUAUUUUUCCUUUUCAUUAUUAUAAGCUUCUCCAUAGUUGAAUCAUCGAAUAAAAUUCGUGCACGCCGGCCCUGUAAAACCCUAACUUUUUAUUUCCAUGACAUAAUUUACAAUGGUGAAAAUGCCAAAAAUGCAACAUCAGCUAUAGUAGGAGCACCAGCAUGGGGAAAUUUUACAAAAUUGGCUGGACAAAAUCAUUUUGGAGAUUUAGUUGUAUUUGAUGAUCCAAUAACUUUGAAUAAUAACAUUCAUUCAAGUCCAAUUGGAAGAGCACAAGGUUUUUAUGUUUAUGAUAAAAAAGAAAUAUUUACUGCAUGGUUAGGGUUUUCAUUUGUUUUUAAUUCAACUGAACAUAAAGGAAGUAUUAAUUUUGCUGGAGCUGAUCCAUUGAUGAAUAAAACUAGAGAUAUUUCAGUAAUUGGUGGCACUGGUGAUUUUUUUAUGACUAGAGGAAUUGCUACUAUCACUACAGAUGCCUUUGAAGGUGAAGUUUAUUUUCGAUUAUGCGUCGAUAUUAAACUUUACGAGUGCUGGUAAUAAUUUUAUACAUUACAUUAUUGUUAUUAUUGUUGUUGGUAAUAAUUUUAUACAUUACAUUAUUGUUA